GUUUGGAAAUGGUCAACCAACAAGUUUUUACCCUCUGUCAAGUAUGAUCUUUUUCAUAAAGGAAGGAAUAGUAGGUAAGAGGAGGGUGGGAACGCGUUGGUCUGAGGGAAGACUUGGCCUUGUUGAUGGGUACUACUGAACAUCCUUCCAAAAGUUGUGCGAGAUAUUUUACAUCUUUCUGGGUUUUACUUUAAUUUUUUCCUUUCAAUCGAAAUACAUCGCUAGCAGAAGAGAUUACAUUUUUUGAGCGAUUCUUGGCUCAAGACGUUGAGUUAAGAACAGGAAUAGUUGGAAUUGGCAAGAAAGCUUUGGGAAAUGAGCAGUAUGGGAACCCAGGCUUCUUCGGAUCCACAUCUAAAGGAGGAAAAAGAAGAAAAGAAAACGUCGUUUUCUUCGGAUGAAUGGUCAAUCCUGGAAGAAACUUUGCUGCUAAAGGCAAUUUGCCAAGGCUUGCGACCAAUAGGAACUGAAAAACACUUUCAUAUGAUUGGAAUGUUACGAAUGAUUCAUGAAGGAUGCCAAACAUCCACAAAGCGUGUCCAAGACGUUUGGAAAAAAUUAGAAACACUUUACAACUUACAGGAAUUUGAACGAUUGGAAGCCGUUCCUUCACCAUCUGUUGGUGAAACGCGUAAGCGCGAUAGAGAAAAAGACAACAUUCAAGAGGAACAUCAAAUAGAUUUUGAACUCCCAAAAUACAUUCUGAAUACUACAAAGCUUCCUUCCUCGUCCGCCUCCUCCAAAUCUGCCCUUAAGGCUGGUGGCAUAGGCGAGAAAAAGAUGACUCGAUCUAGCUUGGCUGCUGCUGCUGCUGCUAAUAAAAAAGAAAGUUCUGCGGAUCUCAAUGUGAAAGAGGAAAGGGAUGAAGAUACCUUGGAUGAACCAGCUGCUAAGCAAUUACGUUCAUCUUCCAUGAAACAAACAACCCCUUUGAAUAUCCACGAUGAAGGUUCUUCAAAGCAAAAGCAAGCAGAAGAGGAGGAAAAUAACGUUUAUGAAAAACAUUCAAAAGAAUCAAAUUCGAGGCCAUCAAACACGCAAGCUGCUGCUCAAAAGCAAUCGGAGCUUGCAAAUACAUCUCCUCCAGCUGUUCGAAGAAGCACCCGGAGUCGGAGAACUUAGCAAGACUACGAAUGUGUCGAUUAACUAUGUGCAUCUUGUUUAUAUCUCUUCCAACUCAUUUGAGGUUUUUUAUGCUUUAUACAAUUCGGAAAACAGCUCGUUUUAAUAUAUUUCUCUUCCUUUCUGUCCUUCGCCUGACACACAACUUUAAACAGCACCGAUAAUCACCAAAGGUGGUGACGGACUGACUUGACGAACGAAGAUUGUUGAAAACCCAACCAGAAUCAUCCAUCCAUAUUUUGAUCAAGCAAUUCGAUUCGGUUUUCUUUUAAAUUCGCUCAAAGCCAUUCCUAUUUUGUUGCCAUAUAUUUCAGUGGGUUUCCUUUGUUUGAACUAUUUCCCAUCAUUUCUUCCUUCAUAUUCAAGAUCAAGAGCAACAAACAACUCCUAAACCCGUGAUUAAUUUUCGUAUUUCUUUUUCUUUUGCCUACUGAUGCUGCUACCCCUACGCUUUGCUUUUCUCAUUUAAUCUGUUUAUCUGUUUAUUUAUUUAAGACUGUUCGUCUACAGUUGCUAUCUUCCUAUUUCGUCAACGAUCCUAUGUACUUUGGAGGAGCUCGCAUGGAUUUCCACGCAAUAAAGGUUCUGGAUUAGAAAUUAAAAUAGAUAAUAUUAUAGAAGCGCUUUAUCAAAUGAUGCGAUGCUCUAUGCUCACCAGAUAAUAAAAAUAUAUAAAUAGACGUAUAUGCGUGUAUCAAUCAUGAAAGCAA